GCCCCGGUGGUGUCGGGAGGGCGGCGAUGGCGGCCGAGAGGUUGAGUUGGCUCUUAGCAGUAUUUCAGGGCUUUGCACUGGCUUUAGUGGGGCUCGGAGUAUGGGACGUGUUGUUUGUGUACGAGGAGAACAGGUGCAGCAUGACCUACAUGUUCGAGUACCCAGAAUAUAUUAAGAUCAAGCUUCCAUAUAAAGUUGUCACGAAGUACCCCAGUUAUGGUCUUUAUCUUUAUGGAGAGGGAGGAUCUGCUGAAGCACACAAUCUAAAAGCCACAGGAAUCCCAGUUCUGUUUCUUCCUGGGAAUGCUGGAAGUUACAGACAAGUUCGUUCCCUGGGCUCUGUUGCACUAAGAAAAGCUGAGAAUAUACAUAACAAAUUCCACUUCGAUUUUUUUAGUGUUGAUUUUAAUGAGGAGCUAGUUGCACUUUAUGGUGGAAGCCUUGAAAAGCAAACCAAGUUCGUACAUGCAUGUAUAAAAGUAAUUCUUAAACUUUACAAGGAUCAAAAAGAUGCACCCUGCAGUGUUGCUAUUGUGGGCCAUUCAAUGGGUGGCAUUGUUGCUAGAGCGCUAUUCACUUUACCAAACUUUAAGCCAGCACUGAUAAGUCUUAUUAUUACCCAAGCUACACCUCAUGUUGCACCAGUCCUACCAGUGGACAGCUAUCUCAUAGACUUUUACACUACUGUGAACAAUUACUGGAUUCUCAAGGAAAAAGACUUAAGAAAUAUCACUGUUCUCUCAAUGGGCGGUGGUUUCCGUGAUUACCAAGUCCGCUCUGGUCUAACCAUUGUGCCAAGCCUGGGCCUUUACAAUAAUACUCUAAAUGUUGUGACAUCAGCGGUCCCAAGAGCAUGGCUGUCAACUGAUCACCUUUGCAUUGUUUGGUGUAAAGAGCUGGUCCUGGCCACUGUUAGAGCUUUUUUUGAUCUUGUUGAUCAUCAGACCAAUCAGAUAACAUCAGAUCUAGAGAAGAGGAUAUCUGUUCUUCGGCAUCAUUUUGUCAUCUAUUCAGAAAAGCACUCUGAGGAUAAUGUUGAGUCUUCGGUCUCAUUCUCAGAUUCAUCUGCAACGUGGAGUGUAAUUAACACAUACAAUUGGACUUACAACAGUCCAGAGUUUUCUGCAUGGGAACCCAAGGCAACAUAUUUUAUUUUACCGCUUCCAAAUGAGGGGGAACCCUACAGUAAUUUAUAUUGUCGAACUACUAACGUGGAACCAAGUAUUUGGAUCUAUGGCUGUAUGAAGAUUAACCAGUCUGUUUGUGCUGGGAAAUGGAAUCCUUUCCCCUUUUAUGCUCUCAGUCAUCACUUGAAGUACUUCACUGUUAGCCAUGAAGGCAUUGAUUUGACUGGGGAGGCAGAAUUGCUGAAAAUGUACAAGAUAGUAAACUUCAAUCUGGAUGAGUACCGGUCUUUCUCUCAUUUUAUCAUUCAUCUAUCUAAGGCUAGUGUUAAUAAGCAGUUCAACAUAGAAUGUGAAUUCUUGAGAGCAGAGUCCAGAAUGAUGACUACCCAAGUGACAAAUAUCCUGUCUUUUGGUACCUCGAGCAACAGAAUUGUUAUAAACUCUACUGGUCUGAUUCACAAGGUGAAGCUUCAAAACUUUAACCAGAUAUAUCAGGCUUUUAAAAUCCACGUAAGGAGUAAAUGCCAAUUUACCCAUGGGAAAAUGGAGGAUGUAUACAGGUUUCAUGUACCGUGGUCACAUGAAGAUUUUGUUGUGACAACAAGUGUGCCUUCUUCUACUGUGAUCUUUGCUAAACUUCACAGUGCAAGACCUGAAAACGAUAGCUCUGUACCAGAGUUGCAACUUCACACGGCUAGAAGUUGUCAAUAUGAGAUAACUGUCAGGACUUCUUUCCUUGAAGUACUUGGGCAGCUGAUCAGAUUCCAUGGUGUACACCUGCCUAUGUAUGUUGUUGUGAACAUUCUGUUAGCAUUUGGAAGACAAUUAAUCCAUCUUUACUCUGAAGGUCACUGUUUGGACUUCAAUGUUGCCUUAAAUGCUGCAUCAAAGCCCUAUAAAGUUAUUCCAUUUGUAAAUCUGGCAGUUUUUCUUUUAAGAUAUGACUGGUUUAAGGAGACAUGGUCUAUUCUCAUGUUGCCUGAGAUUGACAGCCAUCAUAUAAAUGAGCAAGGAAUCGCCUACCCAAUGAUAUCUAUUGUCCUUUUCUUAUUUGGAACAGCUAUUGCCUAUUGGAAUGGAAUAUUCUUGCGAGUAUUACUUAAACAGCUUUCCUUCUUGUGGUCAAUCUUUCAAAGGCCACGUGUUUUUCAAAAGGAAUAUAGGAAAUUAAAUUUUCGAAAUUCAUGUGUUAUGAUUUUCCUGCUGUUUAUCAUCUGGACCACCUGUGGUGCAGCAGCUCUUACUCUUGGUUACAUUCUUUAUCUUGUUAAGGUCCUAAGCCUGCAAGCUUCAGUACGCACAAUGAAAAGCAUUCUUAAUUUGGCGCCAAAAUGUGAAAUUAUGAAGAAAGAUGCAUUGGCUUAUAGUGCAAAAGAAGGAAACAAGUCUAGAACAAAAGAUCAUGCCUCAGAAGAACCAAAACAGCUGAACCUAGAUAAAAAUAAAUUGCUGUCAGUUUCGGAUGUCGAUGAUGCAGUGGAUACGCUUCAGAUACAUGUUACAAUUCUACAUUUAUUGAACUGGAUUCUUCUAUUUAGUGCACCUUCAUUUAUUUACUGGUUUAAAAAUCUCCGCUAUUCUAGAAGGCUUGAUCCUGAUCCCUGCGGUUCUGUUGCAAUUAUCCUUGUGUUCUCGAUGGGACUUCUCAUUGAUUCACAUUCAACAUCAGUUAAGAGAAGCAAGCUGCUGAAACACACAGCGAGACUGCAGCUCCUCUUAGCCAUUGCUGCAGCAGCCUUCGGAUUGGUACACUUAUACAGGGUUCCUUAUUUUGUUACAUUUUCAUUGGUUUUAUGUGCACUGGGCUGUCUGUUAUAAGUGACUGUGUAACAUGGUGACUUAUCAAUUUAACUCAUCAUACAGACAGUAUCUCACAAAAUGUAUAUUUUGCAAUUCUUUUUAAACAAAAUGGUGCUACAUAAUUGUAGUUGGUUAUUAUUGGCAUGCCUCACUGACUUAUUGCAUAAUGUAACUUGUAAAAAGUUCCUAAAUUUUAGAAUAUUUAAAAAGAUACUACUUGAUGUACAUUUUAAUUUUUUUGCUAUAAAUGAAAAUCCAGAGUAUUAUAUCUUAUAAGUCGUCCUCAGUGUGUUGCUUUGAAUUAGAUAACUCAAGGCACGUUGUAGAUUGUCUCGUCUGGUAGCCUUUUUUAAACAGACCAUUUCAGGGCUUUUAUACAAAAUACCUUUGACCAUGUUCAGCAUCUCCAAAGAGACUUGAAUAUGAUUUGGUUGCCUAUAAUAAUUUUAUCUUAAGAGAUCCCAGAAGUGGUUCUGAAUUUUUGGGGACUCUCACUUUAACCACUCUGAGUAAAGAGAAUUAAAGACAACAAAAGCCUAGUACUACAGAUGCUUGAAAUCUAAAAUAUAAGCAGAAAGUGCAGGAUUAGGUAACAUCUGUGCAGAGAAAAAAUGUUCCAGGUUGAUGACCUUUCAUUAGCAAUGGCAAAGAUGAUAAAUAUAACAUGUCUUUAGCAAGGUUUGGGAGAAGGAAUGAAAAAUGAUAAAAUGGAAAGUUUGUAAAGCAGUUGAAUGCCAAAUUAAACAUCAUAAGAAAUAAUGGGGUACAGCAAAAGAAUGAUGAUGGGUCAAGUGAAGAAACAAAAGAUAUCAAAAGAAUUGGCAACACCAGAAUCAUUACUAACAACUGCACUUCAAAUACAAAAUGUGAGUAGUGGUUAUGGUCUGAAAUAGUUGAACUGAGUCUAACAGACUGUAAAUUGUCUAACUUAAAGACUGCUGUUCCUCCAGCUUCCACUGAUGUUCACUGCAACACUUUGGAAAGCCAAACUCAGUCGGAGUGGGGUGGAAAAUUAAAAUGGCAAGUGAUCAGAAGUGUGGUUUCCCUUAAGAAUCAGUAUAAUAGUUAGAGUUGGGUUCCUAUGGACAUUUAUUAGUAAAACCAAUAUACAAACAAAUACACACUCUUCGCUGAAAUACCUCGCGAUCUAAAAUAAAUCUUUAGAUAAGCACUAUAUUAAUGGAAGGGAUAACAUUUACAGUUCACAUCAUGUGUUUUAAAAUGUGCAUUUCUGAUAACUCGGUGGGUAGCUUUUCUAAUGUUGCAACAUAUCUAAAAUACAAUGUGUGGUAUUUAUGACACCAUUAAUUGGCAUUAUAGCUCAACAAACGAAUUCCAUAAAAAUAAUAUCAGGUCUCCAGUUCCACAGUAAAAAUGAGACAAGAGCUAAUUGUGAUGCAAGUUAUACGUUUUGGAAGUAUUAUGCUGAUUUCUGUCUCGUUUUCUGGUGGUCCCUUUUUUCAUGCUCUGCUUUGUAUCUGAUGCUUAGCAGAAACCCAGGCAUGGGAAAAUGAGGAAGCUGUGCAUCUUCCACAGUCUUUUGCUGCAUCCCUGGUGCCUGCUACAUUAUGGUUCAGAGUCUCCGGGAUGGGAGUACGUGGAUCAUGAAAUCAAGACAGCAUAGCUGCAACGGUGCCAAGUGCCCAAAAUCCUUGCAGGCACCACUGCCCUCACCCAUGCUGCACCUUCUCCCAAUCCCAAUACACCCUCCUACCCAAGGUCAGAGUAACUGGACUGACCCAGGAAUGACUUGAAUGUUCUAGCCGAGUGCCAACUCUUGCCUGCCGCUAGAACGAAGGAGGAUGUCUCGCUAUGGGCCAUAUGCUGAUCUGCAAUAACGGUGCAAACACUGAAGCACAAUUUCAGCCUUGAUUCGCCACAUAUACAGGUAAAUGUUAUUGCAAUGAAAAUACACAAAACACAAAAAACAGGCCUCCAAAGAAUUAUGUACUUUAAAAACAAAAUUCUGACAAGCAGGGAAACUAAAAAUGAUGACUUUGUGUUUUAAAUUAAAGGAAGUAUGAACCAGACAGUGCUUCACCUGGAUAGUUUGUUCUGGGGCAAUAUCAAAGAAGGUUAAAAAAAAAUUGUGAUGUACUCCUGGUGCUUGCACAGGAAGCUGAAAUGGGAGGGGGAUGACUGUAUAACUAUCAUCAUUGAAGCGUGAAGAACAGCACUUUGUUAUUUUGUUUACUAUGUAACAGUCCUCAGACUCAGAAUUCCAGGUCAGCAAUUUCUCAUUUAUUUUGAGUUCCAUUGUUGCCACUUACACCUCCUCACAAACCAUAUUCUCUUUCUUGUCUUUUACAGUCUCCCUUUGGCCUUGCAGCAUUAUCUGUCCUUAUUCCUACACUAUCACAGAGCUUCACUUUUGCCUUCCUACUUCUUUUGCUGUGUCAGUACCUGCAUACAGCCUGUUCUGUCUCCAAAUUUUGACAGUUCUCCUGAAAGGUCAUUGAUCUGAAAUGUUAGCUUUUUUUCUGCCCAGAUGCUGUCUGACCUGCUUUUUGGAGAAUCUCAAUUGCAGGUUACAGUUUAGCUGUGAUGAUGGCCUAGUUAAGCCCACAACGUCAACUUGCUUCUCAUAAUGUUAUUCUACUUCUUAGCUAAGCCUCUUAAAUGGUGCAUUAUGUAUUAGAAGAAUGUGGUGGGAUCCCUUUAGGUAUGAAGUGUGGUGGGGAAGAAAUUCUAUGAACUAAAAACUUACCUUUACUUAAAAAGACGAAACUAGCAAUGGGUAAAAGGAGUCACAAGGCUUUAAAAUGAUGCCAUGAAAUGAGAUUCUAGUUUGCAAAAAUGUGAACCGUUCUUCUGAAGUUCUUCUUUCUACUCUUUUGACAAGAUGUUAAACAUUUUUAAAUGCAUUCACUAAAAUAACAAAGGAGAAUUUAGUACUACUGUAUUUAGAUUUUAAAUGCUACCAUCCAAUGACAAAUUUAGGACUGAUGUAUUCUAAACUGGAGAGUAUUGUUGGAGAGUUUUAGUCAGUUUGGACAUUAGAUGAAACAACACAAAAUUGGAAGACCUUCUGUAUCCAACCCUACAGGGUACUUAGUGCACAAUAAAGCCAAGCUAGCCAGAUAGAUUGAGACUGAUAUUUACUGUUUUGGAGGGCAAAAUUCUAAAGAAAAUUAUUGAUGUAUACAAAAAAUCAAAAUUUGACAUGUCUGAUGACAAGUUGUUUUAUUAAUUUAAUGUUUUAAAAUGUAUUAUGAUAAACUGAUAAAUGUGUUUUUAUUCAGCAGUUCAGAUUUCCAUGUUUUCUUGCGAAUGUUGAGCUAUUUAUUUGCCUCUGGUGGCAAGGAUGAGCAGUAGCCUAUUCUCUGAUUCUAUUUAUCCUUCUCAGUAAACAUUUAAGGAACUUGAGAGACAUAGAGUUACACCCUCUUCCUGUCUUCUGCAGUAUUGCCUCUAACUGUAUAUUCACAUGCACAAUUAACAGUUAAUAUUGAGCUAUUUUGGGAAAUAAUUGUGGCCAAAGCUGUAGAUAUAACAAAAUAAUAAACCAAUAAUGAACAGUGUUAAUAUUAUGCUACAAAGUGUCACAUUAAAUAAUACCACAGAUAUAUACAAUGCAAAAGACAUCUCGAAAUGGAAACCAUUGAAAUUCCUGUUUCCUGAAAGUUGGACUGGGAAAUUUCCUUAACUCAUGGUUUCAUCAAGCUGAAUCAGUUGUGUUCAAUUUACAGCUCUAAUUGAGAUUGGGAACUCAUUAUGCUGAGAAUCUCAGGUUGUUCGGCAAGUCCAUUAACUCCAUGCUGCAUGAUAGUAUCCUAACUACAAUGCCAUUAGUGCCACCCUCUACUUUCUCUUAAGUGAGUUUAAUUUUUUUCCCCAAAAUAGGCUGAAUAUGUACCGUUGCCUGCCUAAAGAAUAUGAAGUCAUGCCUAAUAAGGACAGUCACCAGAAAAUGGCAGCUUCAUUUUCAGAUGAAACAAAGUCAUUGAUGUGAAUUUCUAUCCAUUUUGCUCCAAUAACUAAUCAGGAGAAAAUAGUGACCUUGUACUUAUAACCUGCAGCUGACACUUACACCAAAGUUAUUGAUCAACCAACUGGCCAAGCAUUUGCUGGUUUAAAAGUCACUGCUUAGGUUUUUGUGCUUUGACUGUAAUAUCACUGUUGUGACUUACUGAGGUACAUAUUUUGCAAUGGAACCAGUUCCCUGUGUUUGUUUUAAUAAUUUGAAAAGGAUAUUUGUGAAACUAGUGAUGCGAAACAUUUUUGUAAUGUAUUUAGUGAUGUAAGUGUUAAUUUUGGAACAAAGCUGUAUCAGUAAUGUUUGCAAGGUUUAUACAAUCUAAUGAUGUACAGUUUCUAACUGUGAAAUGGUUUGUGUGUAAACAAUCAGUUGUGGUAUUAAUACACAGUUAAAAAUUUUUAAGAACUAAAUCUAAUUUGAAAACAUCAACCACUACAGUGUGUUUUGUACCUUUAUGUUUGACUUGCAAAUUAGCAGAGGUUCCUCAGAGCUUCAAUAGGGUAUUAUUUCUUGAAGAAUUUCAAUUAUUUUGAGGCAUAUCUAUUUAGCUGGUAGAGUGAAAUAUGACUUCACUCAGCAGGUCCAAACACUAUCACAACUAAAUGUAGAUACCAAGGUGCAACAAGUACACAAGCAUGCAAUGAGCCAUGUUUUGUUCAUCUUUUUCCUCAUCAAAUUAAUUUCCUGCCUGUUGAACAAAAAUUAUAACCUGUAUUUUGUGGUCAACAAUGAAAGGUCUGCACUCCCGACUGACUUUGGAAUAGCAGCUCG